AAGUAAAACCAUAUUCAGAUUGUUUCAUACGCAUCUUAAAUUUUAUCUUCCAGAAACGGCAUUUUGCAUUCUCUUUGAAUUUUGCGGAUCUUGUUAUUAUUUUUAUUCUUAUUUAAUAGAUUUAAUAUUUAAUAUUACUAUACUUUCCAUAAUUAUUAUUAUUUUGGGGACUGGGCUCAGUGAUCCCUAGAGAGGGGAAUCGGAAAUGCAGAACAUCCUCUCUCUGAUUCACUCCUUCGGAUCUUGUUUCUUCUUAAUUGCUGUUAUUUGUUAUUCAGUUUAAACGAAAUUGAGUUCUCUGUAGCUAUGAGUUGUUUUUCGUGCUUUGUUUCUCGCCGGAAAGAUGUGAGGAGGGUUGAAAUUGACAAUGGCACUCGAUCUGCUACUGCUGCUUCCUCGGAGGGUGAAAGGAAGAGAGAAUCGUCAGAGGCAAAGGGGAAGAGUGUGAGUAGUGGUAAAGGAAGUACCGCAGCGGCUAGUUUUGGUUUCCGCGAACUCGCUGCGGCGACGAGGGGUUUCAAGGAAGUGAACUUAAUUGGGGAAGGUGGUUUUGGAAGGGUUUACAAAGGUCGACUUUCAACGGGCGAGCUUGUUGCCGUGAAACAAUUGAGCCAUGAUGGUCGACAAGGUUUUCAGGAAUUCGUGACAGAGGUUCUUAUGUUGAGCUUGCUGCACCAUUCUAAUCUUGUGAAGUUAAUUGGCUACUGCACGGAUGGAGAUCAGAGGCUUUUGGUUUAUGAGUACAUGCCCAUGGGUUCACUGGAAGAUCAUCUUUUUGAUCCGACCCAAGACAAAGAACCUCUAAGUUGGAGUUCUCGAAUGAAGAUUGCUGUCGGAGCUGCUCGUGGCCUCGAGUAUCUCCAUUGUAAAGCAGAUCCACCUGUUAUUUACAGAGACUUGAAAUCUGCUAACAUCUUGUUAGAUAAUGAAUUCAAUCCAAAACUAUCAGAUUUUGGGCUUGCUAAACUUGGACCUGUUGGAGACAAUACCCAUGUUUCAACCAGAGUGAUGGGAACAUAUGGCUACUGUGCACCUGAGUAUGCCAUGAGCGGCAAAUUAACUCUUAAAUCUGAUAUCUACAGCUUUGGUGUGGUUUUGUUGGAGUUGAUCACUGGACGUAGAGCAAUAGAUACCAGUAGAAAGCCAGGAGAGCAAAACUUGGUUUCGUGGUCUCGUCCAUAUUUUAGUGACCGGAGAAAGUUUGUGCAUAUGGUUGACCCUCUUUUACAAGGCAACUUCCCCUUGCGGUGUUUGCAUCAGGCAAUUGCUAUAACUGCCAUGUGUCUCCAGGAGCAACCAAAAUUCCGUCCACUUAUUGGUGAUAUUGUAGUUGCACUGGAAUACCUAGCUUCUCAGAGUAUUACUGAAGUGCAUAGACAUGGUGGGCGCAGCUCACCGCAACAACCAUCUUCGGAAAUGGACAGAAAUUAAUAUUGACAGGCUUAAACAUCCUCGAGUCACCUCUGACACGCAUCUUGUCUUUUCAACCAAGUGAGAAAGGGUGGAGGUGAAGAGUGUUUUUACUUGUUGCUUUUGGAGGUGAAGGUAUAAAAUGAAGGGUAUUUAUUUUUUAUAUAUUUUAGUUGAUAGAGAGGGAAUAUUAAUGCUUCCAAAAUCUUCUUUAUUCUUUGGUGUUGUUUAAGUAUAUAGAUUAGCUUGUACAUAUGUUCGUCUACGAUCCUUCUUUCUGUCUGUUGUGAAAGAACACCACUUGUAUGUUUAAAAGUGCACCUUUUUGUUAUAAUGGACAAGUGAUUACCCAA